AUGGAUUUGAUAUUUAUGAUUGACCUAAGCACUGCAGUGAAGCUCCACGGCAAUGGGGGAAAAUCUCUACCGUUCUGCUCCCAGCCCAUGCUUAAUUACUGUUUUACCCCUAGGAACGGACGAUUGGUCACAAGGAGAUUACAUGAGCAGCAGGAAUGA